CACAAUUGCACAUGUCUUGCUCCUCUGUCCAACAAUUCCCUUUCCCUUUUUAUCCGUGUCUGUGUUUCACAUAUUUCCGCAUUCAAUCUCUUCUUCAUUCUGGUGAGGAAUUGCAUUUUGAUACUCUUGUUCUUCUCCAAUAUCUAGGAUUUUCCCAUUUCUUAUAGUUCGGGUGAAGAUCACAGAUAGAUAAUAGUUGGAAAUAAGUUUUUCUCUUUGGCAUGGAGAGAAGACCAUCUCCUCUGGUUGACCAAACAUGCACGUCGCGAAUGUUCGGAAUUUUUAAUUUUCUUGGAGGUCAUUUCAGCAGAAAAUUGGUUUUCAGUGCGAGGCAUUUGAGUAGAGAUGGCACUGAUGCAGGAAACACAAGCAACAGAAGUAGCUCAAGUGAGCUUAGUGCAGUUGAUGAAAAGUACCCUCACAUUGGUGUAAAUUCCAGAAGAAGAGAUUAUGGUUGUAAAAGUGUCAGUUGUGUGGAGAAUGCUCAGAUGGCGGCAGAUCAAGGAAAUAAAGUGACAAAGAUGACUAUUGAUCCAAAAUUUGUCAAUAAAAACUAUCUAAGCAAACAAGGUGCAGAAUGUCAACCUGAUCAACUCUUGGAUGCUUUACAGAUAUUAUACUCAAACAAAGAGCUUUUCCUAAAACUUCUACAAGAUCCAAACUCUCUGCUGGUGAAACAGAUAAGUGGUUUACAGAGUUCUCAAGUUAAUAAAUAUCAAAACAGUAAUGGAAGAAAAUCUGGAAAGCCAGUUAAAUCUUCCUUUGAUAGACAUGAUUCCGGUUCAAAUAUUGAGCCGGAACUUCCUGAGAAAAUAGUGGUUCUGAAACCUACCACAAAUAAGGAGAAAAAUUCUGCUGCCACUAGAUUUGAUAGUCCAUGGCUGCAUUCUCAUCGAAGCUUGAUUCAUAAUCCACAAAAUGCAAAGUUUUCACAUUUUCCACUUGGUCAUAUAAAGAGGAAGUUGAGAUACGUCAUGAGAGCAAGGCGAAAAGAACAGAAAACUGAUGGAAAGCCUGAAAAUGAUCCCUGUGGUUGCAAGUCCUUGCAAGAUGGCAAAAUAUUAAAAGAAUUGAAAAGUGUGGGAAAUUCACUUGAGACUUCCCCUUCAAUUUAUGAGAAAAGGUUCAAAGAUUCUGAAUUGUGCAUAGGAGAGGAGGAUGCUUCGGUUAGCGAAAGUUGCAAUAGGAUGACAGGUGAUGCUUCAGUCAGCCCUUCGGAGCAAAAUACACUGAACAUGCCUGUUAAAGAUAGGAAAAGUCUAUCUGUAAGGAGAAAGGAGCAUCUUCCUAACUUUGAGUCCAUAUCAAGCUUGCAAAGGUACUACAAUCAUGGUUAUAUCACUGAAGGGAUGAGAUACUUGGACAACUAUCAAAUGGACCACAGAACCAAGUUGGGGCUUCAAAAAGAAAGGGCAAAUGGUUGUUCCGUUAGAUUUUUGGGACAUAAAAAUGCACCAAGAGAUACCAUUAAGACAUUUAGUGAUAAGUUGAAGCCUUUUGGUACUGAUAUUAGAACCGAAGAGAGUCUUCCUGGAGGUGAUCUACAUGCACAGUCUGAUAAUCCUAGAGAUGAUGGAUAUAAUGACAGUCCAACUCUCAACUCGGAUAAAAGUAAUUCAACCGGAGAAAUUGAGCAUUUUCAAGAUUCACAUCCAGAGAUCCAAAUUCUGUCCUUUCCACCCAAAGUUGUUUCAUCAAGCCCAUUUUCCACUGAAAGAAUAGAAGAAAGGACUGAAUCUGUUGUUGAGCAUUCCACAUUACAACCAGAUGAAUAUCUGGUACAAGCAGUGCACGAACAAAUCGAAGAUAACCAUUUUGCAGAACUUGUAAGAUCCUCCUUAAAUGGAACAAACAAUCUAGCCUCCUCCAAGGACAUGUUGGACUGCUCAAGGGAAAUUGUUAAGGUUUUCGGCUUGAAAUGGGAUGAACUCGUGAUGAAGUGCGAAUCAGCCGAUAUGCAUGAUCCAUCCACAUUUGAUGAACUGAAAGGAUCGAUGGGUCAACUUUCUUGCAAUGCAAUCUUGCUUGACUGUGUCAUUCAAGCAUUCAUGGAAGUAUAUCAGAAUUGUGGUUUCCCAUUUAACAUUGCAAGGAAAAAUCCACACUUCCAAGCAUAUUUUGCAAAGAAAAUUCUUGCUCAAGAGAUUGCUGAAGUGAUUAAAUUGCAUUUUGUGCCUCAUCCAUCACAAAUAACAUUAGACCAGCUGGUUGGAAAGGACUUAGAAAGAAGUGAAUCUUGGCUAAAUAUUCAAGUUGAUAUAGAACAUAUUGUGAAAGAAGUGGAGGAAGAUGUGCUUGAAGAUUUGGUAUUGGAAAUGGUAUCUGAGAUGGACAUCAGAGACUUGAAAACUUUGCAUGAACAUCAAACAAAGCAUAAAGGAAAAUAAUGUUAGUUUUUUUUUGGAAUAAAUCAUACAUGUGGUGAGUUGCGCAUCCUGAGAUAGUGAGAUAUAAUUAAACUUGUAUAGUAUAAAGGACGUUAUAAUCUUUGCACCAUUAGAUUUAUUCUCGAAUUUUAUGAUUGUACUCUUGUCUAGAAAAAUAUCUUGAGUCUCAGAUGUAAUUUAAUAUAUU